AUGUUAGGCGCGCACCAACUUGCUUCGACCAAACCACGGCGACUGCGAGGAACUCGAGCAUGUCGGAGCUGUCGAGAUAAGAAGGUUCGCUGUUCCGGAACAUCGCCGUCGUGCACAAAUUGCAAACGACACGGGCGAGAAUGCACAUACCCCAGCCCUGCCCGCAGCGUCCGGGGGCCAUCUCCGCAGAGCACGUCCACCGAGGGGGAGGACUCUAUUCACGGUGCCGAGAUCGCCCAGCACAUACCCGCUUGUGUAGAGUCCUUCUUCGAGAAGGUUUACUCACUUCCAUCCCAUGCGUUUCUUCACCCGGAAACGACAAGGGAGAGGUGCCGGGCUGGCAAGAUUGACCCGGCCUUGGCGUAUGCCAUCUGCGCCCUGGCAACGCUACACUCGGCUUCGGACCUUCAAACCCGAGAGAGAGCCACUCCAUGGGUUCAAACGGCUGAACAGAGAAUAUGGCACCAUCUGGAGUGUCCCACAAUAGCACGUCUCCAGGCUCUUCUGCUCAUCAUCCAUUAUCAGAUGGAGACUGGACGGUUCCAAAGGGCUUUUAUGCUGACCGCUACGGCAGCGAGAUUUGCUGCCGCCAUGCGGUUAAAUCAUGAACGGCCUGAUCUAGACCUUGUUGCCCAGGAGGUGCGACGUCGUAUCAUGUGGUCCCUCAAGAUCACUGAAAGAUACUUUUCGGUUGGGCUGCCGGAGUUUGAGGCUUGCCCGAUUGAAACAAUUUACUUACAGUUCCCAUCAGCCGAGGAGGACUUCUGUCCAACGUUUGAGCCAGGAGAUGGCAGCUGCUACAGGCUAUAUGUCAGGCUUGAGAUUAUCCGGAGAGACAUCAUGAAGUUGACGAGGGGUGUUGCACUCUGUGACCAGCCUUUCAUGCCCCUGGCAAAACUCAUUGGGGACUUUGAGAGAGACUUGGCUGAAAUCGGAUCUCAGAUGCCUGAUGGUACAGAGUUCCCUCUGUCUCAACUUGAGGUCCACUUCAAUGACCGAUGGCUCAGACGACGACUCUUCAUGCAUGUCUCCUUCCACCAAGCACACUGCGAUCUUUACCGAAUCUUGCUUUCUGGCUACCCUGAAGCAGCGCCUCGGGUGGUCCUCGAUGCUAUCGAUGAAGGCUACAUAACGGGUGCAUACCGCAAUUGCCUCAAGCACUCCACAUCUAUCAUUCAGAUUUUGACCAACUUAAAUCAACACAGCCCCAGCCAUCUGCUUCUUGAGUUUGAUACCGCAAUAUGUGCAUAUCAUGCUACAAGGCUUGUGUUGUUCAUAUCUCGCUCUGGGAGGUCGCAAGAUUUGCCAUCUGCUGAAUUUGCUCAGAGUCGCGCAGCUUUGUGCUUGGCUGCGCUGAAGCGAUUCUUCCCGGCAUCCGCUUUGGUCAAGCCCAUAAUCAACGACAUGGAGCGCUUGACCCAAGGACAUGCGCCGCAGGAAACAGGGAUCGGUGGGCUUUCCUCGCCAGAGUUCCAAGAAGGGAGAAGGAACUUGGAGCAACAGCUCUCCACAGCCGCUAAAGCCAGACAGAGGCUCGCCAUACACAGUUUGUUGAGACAAGCCGACUUUACCGACGAAGAUGACGGGGAACAGUCGUCUUCAAUGUCAACAACCGGACUAUCCCCCGUCAUGACAAGACGGACGCCGUGA